AUGUUGGGGGAGACCUGUGGAACUUGCGACGUACGUUGUAGCUUCUUUUUUUUCAGCCGUAAAUUACAUUGCUAUUUCUCAACUAGUUACUACGGUCUUUUUUAAGGUCUUUGACUUCUAUGUGCGGCUCACUCACUAGCAUCUCUAUGUUUGCCCCUCGCAACAUUGAGUUUGAAGUAUAGGUAGGUAAUAGGGACGGGAGCUUGCAGGCUCAAACGCCCUUAUAUUGUCGUCCUCAAAUUAUCCUCUGUUUUCCCUGGCUCAGUUAUGCCGUACCAUGUUGAUCUUGUGGAACUGUAGUCUGGCGUAUUAGUAGUUGAAAUUCCGAAGUUCUUUGAUAUCCUUUUCCGCGGAGCUUAUUUAAGCGUUAUGAAAGCGGACUGCCACUGAUUAAAAUUGAACUUUCGAAAUGUUUAUGUCUUGGCAUUCAGUGCCUAAGGUUCACUGCAAAGCAUCUCGCAUGUCUAAUCAGGUAAUGCAAGGAGGGGUAUUUUCACCGUGCGGUCUUAAACCUAGAACUUAGGUUUACCACAUACUAUAAGUCCUAUGACAUGCGCAAUGAGCAAAACAGUGAAUAAUAAAGGAAAUCUUUGUCACCUGUAGUUUGCCAUCUGCCGACAGGUGGGUUGUGGUGAUACGCUUCGGUGAGAGUCCGGCCACGCCAACUCACCCGCGUCGCCUCUCGCCUCUGGUCUUCUUGACUAUGUCUUGCCACCAGGCCCAGGCAGGGGAGGAGAAAGUGCGGUAGAUGUAACGAAAGUGUGCUAUAACUAGAAAAGAAGUCACCGUGCCUGCUAUCACCCUGCUACGGAGCGCACUGUGGACAUCGUCGGUCACGGCGUUCGAACUGUCAUCUGCUGACAAUGCACCAUCAGUAAACACCGCAUGCACACGUAAUAGGGUAGCUCGGCUGUCGCUUAAUAAUCUACCGCCUUUUCAUGUAGGCGUAAUGGGGACAUGUACGCGAGCUUGUUCAUAGUGACGCAGACUUGCAAUGUCCUUACCUCACUCCGCCCUUUCAAAGACCGAAGGUGGGCGUGGACCACACACAACCUAGUCUGUAACUCUGUACCUUCGGGGCUCCAAUGAUGGGAUUACCAAACCUGCAUAAGUCGGAGCAUUAUAAGAUCAUACUAAGAAGGAGCUCUUAUAAACUCAUUCUGAGUCCGACGUGGAGCUGAUGUAUCUCCCCAGUUCGAAGUCACAGUCGUUAGGGUGUCUAUUAAGCACUAGCCUUUUAGCAGACAGCUGCAGAUAGUGAAACUUCACAGUGGUCUUUCAUGACGCUACGUCUUCCUGCAUUUAGACAAUCCUCCUAAUGGACCGUGAAGGACGGUUGUAUUGCGUCGGCUGCUCCGACGUUGAUGGCAAACAGACGAGCGACACCCCGGAGGUGCACGCCGUCCCAGACACAAACGGUGGCAGGUCAUCCAGUGGAGCAUCUGGUGACAAACAGUUGACUCUUCCACCGCAGGAGAGGCACACAGCACGAGACGACAUAAUUGUCACUGAGAAUGCCGUAUCAUCAGUCAGGACGACGGCAGCCCUGCUCCCAACAUCUACCUCUAUUCCUCGUGUGCUGUCCAAACAGUCUCUUGAAACUGGGUAUGUCCAUGUGCACUAAUUAACAGUGACUACUUUACGGAAUAGAAGAGAUUUUGCAGUAGAAUCGACGCCAAAGCGCGACGGAACUCAUCUGAUGUCUUUGUCCCUCUAGACGAAGUGUCACCUCAUAAGUAUUGUUUUUCAUAGCUUUUCGUAAAGUAACUCAAGUUUCCUAGAAAGAUCAAUGAAUAAGUGCGCUUCCAUAGUUAAGCCUUAAAAGCCACACAAUUUUUAUAGUUCGUGAGACUUGUUUACAUUUCUAGACUACGUAAUGUUUAUGUCACCUCGGAAUUACCCCAUCUUGCUGUGAAGUGACGUGUCUACAUUCAUGAAGAACUUUUAACAUUUGGCAUACCUGGUUCCCAUCCCCAGGUGUCUGCAAAACCCUCUGAAUUUCCUAGUUUUUAGACGUCCGCAUACUUGGCAUUUUAGUAACCCUUCCGUUGUGAGACGAUCAUAAAUGACUUAAGAAGUCUACGGUGAAAAUUGCGUGUGCCUGGGGAAUGCCGAUUGACCCAACGUUAACACUCAAAGUUUAUCGGUGUAGCAGUCCGACUUAAGUGACUCUUUUGUCCUCCCGAAGUGUUGACAGAAUAAAAUUGCCGACCAAGACAAGGGAGGCUGGAGUGGCCAUUUCUGGCUUGCUAACCGUCGUCAACCAGUCAUACCUAACUCCGAAGUGUGGAACACCCAAGGCUCGAACUCGCAACUCGUUGGUUAGAAGCCCGAAGCCGUGACUAUCGAGCCAGGGGUUCGAUGUCCUGUCAGUUGAGAUCGGGUAUAUGCAGUGGUAGAGGGGCGCUCACUGAUUGCGUUACGGAACUCACUCGUCCCAUUGCGGCAGAAUAACGCUGCCGACGGGACAUCAAACCCGCGUCUCGGUGGUUAAGGUGUCGGACUUCUGACCAACAGGUCGCGAGUUCGAACCUCGGGACUGGGUAUGCCUGGCUAAUGACGGCUAACAAACCAUAAAUGGCCACUGGAUUCGUCCCCAACUGCUGUGUGCCGUCGUUGUGCUCAGCUCAAUGUCAUUUCGCCUGUAGACUAACAAGCAAGGUUCGCAUCCGGUCGAUAAUCAAGUCAGCCAUGCUAACGCGAUAUUCCUCAAUCCUGUCGGGACUUCCGAAUCUAGCAUGAAAUCGGCAUGAAAGGACAAGCUAGAGCAUAAGGGAACCCCAUCAAGACGAUCCCUCUGUCUUAGGACGAGAUAUGUACCGCACGGUCAGAAACUCGCCGCCAGAACGUCUGCUCCAUGGGUUCGUGCUCCGCUCCCCGAAUUCACCCUCGGAGGGAACAAAUAGAUUGUUGGUCAGGCGCACGGCUGGUCAUCAACGCUCUUGUUCAUCGCUGACCAAUGUGAUUAGAUCAUGUCUAGUGCCAAUCUGAAUGUCUCACCUCAUGCAAAGUAGGCUGGGGACGGCAUCGAGGCGGCUACCGGAACGCUUGAGUAAACUUACUUAAAACUGACGCCGAGGGCAUGUUUGGCACUUCGGUCUACGGUCUUCGUGAUGGGUGUGUUUUUCUGUGGUGCCUGGGAAUCCGCCACCACCGAUCAUGUGGCUGACAUCCAACGCGGGCCGUCUCAGUCAGCCAUGAUGAACAGCAAAGCUGAGGUUAGUAUUGCUGUCUUUCUAUACGCAAAUAAACAAAUAAGUUGAUCGUUCGUUGGCCGCGUGCUCUGUCGUGACGAUCAUACUGAGAGUAGUUCCCGAAACAGCAGCUCUCGCUUGUGGGAAAUUUGUCAUAGAUUUACAGCUAACCACAGCAUCUAGGGCAUUUAAUCCACUAUGUCAGUUUCUGUUCUAUUCUGGUCACUUCGCACUGACUGCAUUCAAAUUCCUUUUAGGCCAACCGUGGGCCUCCCUGCGCCAGUAGCUGCUAUCCAAGAUAAACUACUCUUCUGUCUUUCUCGCCUGGAGUCAUGCGAUUCUGCGGAGGAGAUUCAACAGUGGGCCGGUGCCAUCAAGGGUCUCUCAGAAGCAUUUAUCUGUUUAAAAAAGUGUUCUUUCUAG